CCUUAGCACACCCACGCACUGCUCUGCGAACACCUUUGCCAGUAACCAGACAAUAAUUGGUAAAUUUUUGCGCUCGUUGUAAGUUGGUAAGAUCACAGAAUACUUGUGCGUGUCGGCGGUGUUGUGUUGGCCCUGCAUGUUUAGCGAAACCUGACUUGCAAAUGGAUUCAUGAACAGGAGUUUCCCUGUCGGCUUCCACUACACUCACACGCGUCUUGGCGAUGUCCACUUCGGCCAACCCGUCUGCCUUGAGUUCACCGGCAAUCACAGCUGUGAGGGCAUUGCUCAACCAGACUCUGCGCGUUGUCACCAACGAUAAUCGUGUCUUUCUUGGUACCUUCGUGGGCACGGACCAGCUGCUCAAUCUCUUACUCGUGAACUCAGAGGAGUUCUUGCUUGGCCCUCGCCUCAGUACCGGCGGCCGAUACGUCGGGCAAAUCGUGAUUCCUUGGAGAAUGGUUAGACAAGUUGGAGUUUUAAAAGAGUGUCGUAGGAACGAAUGCAACGGGGAUGGAAACUUGUACAUGUAGCCAUUAGUCUGCAAGUAUAUCAUGCGCCUCCUCCUUCCAAAUAUUCACUGGUAUCCAAAGGUAUCUGACCAGUAGCUCCUCCUC